AUGCGGGCAAAGAGUGGCAAAGCAGUUGAAAGCACAGAGAGGGAUAUUUUCAGCCUCGAGUCCUCGCGUCUCCGGGAAUGUCCAUCGCCAGCAUCUGCGCAGCUGCUCGAGGCGAAGCUCAUCUUGAAGCUUCGCGAUGCGACCCGGCCGCCUUGCCUAAAAGCAGGCUUGGGAGACUUGCAGCCUUUCGGGUGGCUCGGCUCUGCGCAGCGUUACGGCGAAGGCCAGGCCGACUCGCGCGACGAGGGCGAGGUCGGCGAGGCCGGCGAGGCGGAGCUGCUCCGCGCGGACGGCAGACGGAAGCCAGAGAAGGUCCUGGGCCUGAGCCUGGGUGGCGCCAUUGGGACCAGCGGCCUCCUUGGAGAGUGCGCCGAACUCUCUUUUGAAGCCCAAGCCGGCUUGGCUCGGGGCGGCCCCGAGAUCAAGCCGUCCAAGCCUGCGCCGCUCCCGCCGGACGUGCGCUCCCGGAGAGCUUCGGAGAAGGCCGCCGAGGCUGCAGAGGCAGCGGCAGAGGGAGGCGUUGCCAGAGCUAGCAGAAACGAGGAGCCGAAGCCGCAGCCGCAGCGGCCAGCUGAGAGACAGAGAGAAAGAGCUGGCGGAGGCGCGGGGAGCACCUUUCGCCGAGGCCGAGGUCGCGGUCGUGCUGGUGGCUACGGCGCCCGCUGCGGCGCUGGCCGUUCGGGGCAGGGCUGGAAGGAGGAGCCGAUGAUAAUCGUGGCCGCCUAUCGAGGUUACACCCGUGUCAUCUCAUCAGUCUUUUCUUGUGCGCAGUGGCUGAAAGAGAGCGGCUGGAAGCGGCUGCGCAGCCGGCGCAGCGGGGGUCCUAGGAAGAUCGCCAUGGCGCUGAGGGCCAAGACUCCGAGAAGGGACGCGGCCGCGGAGUCGACCGCCCCGGCCGCUUGGUACGUCUGGAACAGCGAUACCGUUUGGGACGCACCCCAGGCGCCAGCCACGUUCUGGUCACCCCAUUCACCCCAGCCGGCACUGCCAGACGAGCCUUCGGAAGUUCUGGUCGUGAACAGCACUGAGAGCAGGAGCUACGUCGCCCUUUGUUGGGACUUGGCAAUGGCAGACCUUGUAGCGCUUGAUGUGGAGUGGGUACCAGACGUUGGUGACUCCGAUCAUCCCAUCUCAGUGAUGCAGCUGGCAUUUCCGACCUGCAGGGUCUACGUCCUGCAGCUGCACCGGAUUGGACGAAUUCCUUCUCCUGUGCAGCAGAUGCUCGUGGAUCCAUGGAUUACCAAAGUUGGCUUUGGCGUGGAUUGCAAGGACGUGGACAAAUUCGUCACCAGCGGAAUUCCCCUGUAUAGAGACUCGGUGGUAGACAUGCAGCCGCCCUGCGGAGAGCUGCUGGGCGCCCCUCCAAACAGGCCCUGCGGCCUGCGCCGCACGGCCUUAGAGCUGCUUCGCUACGUCCUAAGAAAGGACAUCAGCUGCAGCUGCUCGGAUUGGUCCGUGCACACGCUCUCACCACAGCAGGUGAAGUACGCGGCGCUGGAUGCCUGGGUCACACUCCGUCUCUUCUACCACGCUCAGCUGAAGAGCCCUCCGUCCGUGGUUAACGAGACUAGCGCGAUGAAGCUGCAUCCUGCAAUACUUCUUGCGACUGCACCUUACAACUCGAAAAAACUGAGAUAA